AUGCAGCACACAGGGUUGGAGACUUCAGGCCAAACCAGCGUCAAGGCGGCGAUCCAGCAGGAAAAACAAUCCUUCGAGGAGCCCUUGACAUGGAAGUUUCCGGAGCUGCCGACUAAAGAGGCGCCUCGGUUACCUCCCAACUUUGAGGUGCAGACUCCAACGGCGGCCAACACCGUCUCCGCCGUAUGUGGGACGAGCUCUGUUCGGGUGGAGGCCAAGAAAGAUCUGCUGGGAAUCGGCAAUCCGGUCAACGGAGCGGACGUCACCCUGGGCGGCUGUCCCGCCACAGGGGAGGACCCCCAGAAUCAGAUCCUGAUCUUUGAGUCGGCGCUGCACGAGUGUGGCAGUCAGCUGCUGGUGUCGGAGGACUCGCUGGUCUACGUCUUCACGCUGCUCUACACUCCCAGUCCUUUAGGAACCAGCCCCAUUGUCCGUUCCAGAGAAGUCUCCAUCAGCAUCGAGUGCCAGUACCAGAGGAAUCAUGAUGUGAGCAGUGGGCUGGUGAACCCAACCUGGGUUCCCUUCAGCGAUAAGAAAACCUCAGAGGAGAGUCUCCACUUCUCACUCACUGUCAUGACUGAUGACUGGAGCUCUCUUCGUCCGUCCGCUCAGUUCCUCCUGGGAGACAUGAUGAAAUUCGAAGCUUCGGUCAAACAAUUUCAUCACGCUCCCCUCAGGGUGUUUGUGGACAGCUGUGUGGCCACCAUGGUCCCGAUCACCGACACGGUCCCUCGAUACAACUUCCUGGCAAACAAAGGGUGUCUGUUUGACGGUCAGCUCACUGGCUCCAGCUCUCAGUUCUUGCCUCGCUCACAGGACGACAAACUGCGGUUUGAGCUGGAGGCCUUCAGGUUCCAGAAUGAGUUCCAUGAUCAGGUGUACAUCACCUGCAGCCUGAGAGCCACAGCAGCGAGCGCAGCCGUCGACGCCUCCAGCAAAGCCUGCUCCUUCUCCAAUGGGUGGAAGGAGGUCAGUGGUCGAAAUCAGGCCUGCUCCUGCUGCGACACGGAGUGCGCUCCAGGGCGCAACGUGGACCCGAUCGGCUCAGUGAAUCGCUGUCAUGAACUCAAACCUGAAUUCGCCCGGUCUGGAGGAGCCGUGAGGCUGAAGCUGCGAGUCGGAUACAAGCUGCCCCGCUCGUCGGACAUCGUCCAUUUCCUGUGA